UAAAUCGAUCACAAAGGAUUUAAUUUGUCAAUUAGAAUGUAUCCUGAUUGAUUUUUCGAUGUCAUAUGGACCAGUAUAUAUUCUCGAAUAUCAGCGAACAGCCAUCAGUUCAAAUUCAGUUGGAUUUAGUGAACAAUAUGGCAGGAAGAUUUUCUUCUCCUCAAUGGAAUCGCCGUGGAUGCAAUUCAAAUUACGCAUGGCAAACUUGUGAAGACUUCAAGGUACCAGACAAUUCUGUUUGGUAUGGAAGGGAUGAUGAUGGUAGCGACAUUUUCUGUGGAAAAGCAUGGUGUGAUGGCGAAGAGGUCCCAGCCAAGGUCAUCCCAAGAAGAAGGGAAUGCAGAGUAAUUGACAAUGGUUGCGAGAGAGUUGUUCCUAACUGUAGGAAGGUAUUGAUUUGCAGCCGGUCGGAAGGCAAUAGAUGUGAAAGACGAGGAGAUGAUUGCCACUGGCGUAGGCAUAAUCAUUGCAAAGACGAUAGCUCCAGUUGUGAGUCUGAAGUAGAGAAUACAACCACUACGAAGAAAUCGACUUGUUCCAACAACGAGAGCAAGGUUUUGGAGAAGAGUACGAAGAGUUGCAGCUCUUCAACUACAACCGUAGUGAAGAAGGAUCGUAAGAAGAGAGAAUCAGGAGGAGAAAGGUGCAGAUAUGUAAGACGUACAAGGAUGGUGCCAAAAGUGACUGUCCAACCACGAGUACGUUACAUUCCGCAAGUUAUAAACGAACGUUCUGUACGUUAUGUACAAGAAUCCUAUGUAACCAGGGUGUGUGAAAGAAGACGCUGUGAACCAAGCUGUGAGCCAUGUGAACCACGCUGCGAACCACGAUGUGAACCACUCUGUGAACCACGUUGUGAACCAUGCUGUGAGCCAUGUGAACAACGCUGUGAACCCUCCUGUGAGCCAUGCGAUCAACGCUGUGAACCCUGCUGUGAGCCAUGCGAAAAACGCUGCGAACCAUGCUGUGAGCCAUGCGAACAACGCUGUGAACCAUUUUGUGAACCAUGCGAACCAUGUGAACCCUCCAAUCCAUGUGAACCCUGCAAUCCAUGUGACCCAUGCAGUUCGAACAGGAGAGGCAAAACAAUUGUAUUCUCGGCUCAAUCUGCAGGCCAGAAGCUGUUAGGUCGUUCAAGGAGAAUUAAAUUGAUUUAAAAAAGAUGACGAUGGCAAUUUGAUCGAAAUAACAUGACCAGGCAUUGAUGAAGGACUUCACGUAUUCUAUUUAAUCUAAUUGUUAAAGUUUUAUCAGGUUUGUUAUAUUUCAUAUACAUAACUCUCUGUUGACUGUUUUUGGACCGAAAUGAUUGAGCAUAUUGAAUUGUAAGAUGAUUCAUAUAAAAAUGUUAAUAAUAAAGUUUAUCCAAAAUACUA